AGAGAGAUGCACGGCUCGAUGGUGGCGCAACGGGGUGUCCCGGCACGUGGCAGACAAGUCAAUAUGGCGGCCAUAUUAAAACAUAUCAGCAGCAGCAGUAGCAACACCUUGGCGCAGGUAUUCGUCCCCAUCACACUACUAAUGCUGCUGCUGCUGACGGUGAUGCCGUUUCAGAUGGUGUACGGUAUCGAUUGCUUUAAGUGCGUUUCAAUGAACGGUGCCAAUAAGGCGUGUGAUGAUCCCUUCCACAACAACUACUCGGCGGCCAUCCUGGAGUCACCGUGCAUGGGCGGACGGAAGGGCCGGGAUGGGCUGUUUCCGGCCACAUCGUGCAUUAAAAUUGCCGGCUAUUAUGAUGACACUGGUGAAACGAUUACCGUUCGUGGAUGCGCUCUGGAUAGUGGCACGCUGACGACGGAUACCGAAAUCAUUCGCAUGUCACACUGUGGACGGUUCUACUACGAUGAUAGAUACGUGCACGGCUGUCUGCAGAGUUGCAACGAUGCGGACGCGUGCAAUGGUGCACCGAAAGGUUCGUCAACCCUGUGGCUUAUCCUGCUGGCCGUCAUCGGGACGGCACUGGCUACACUUCAACCGUCCGGCGGGUGGCUUCCAACCGUGCACGGAAGCUAACAAAGUGACCGAAAACGGUA